AUGGGGAAGGCCGGGGGCGAGGGAGGAGAGGCAGGGCCGCCGAUGUCAGUGCCACCAGCCGCACCUUGGCGUCCCCGGCGGCGGAGAGGCGGCCGCCGCUGCUGCCGCUGCUGCCGCUGCUGCCGUUGCUGCUGCCGCUGCCUCUGCUUCUCCACACCGAGCGCCGCCGCUUGUGCCGCGGCCGCCGGAGACGUCCCGCCGCCGCGAUCGCCCGCGCUCGCCUCUGCCUCUCCGCGCCGCUCCUCCACUCACCAAGGCACAGCCGCCGAGCUCGGCAGACACAGUCCCGGGCACAACCUACCCCCUCCGCCGCCGCCGCCGCCGCCGCCGACACCGCGCCCGCCUCCGCCUCCUCCCCUUCCUCCUCCCGGCCCCCGCCUCCUGCGCGCCGGCAGCCUCCUCCUCCCCACUGAUCCCGCCCCCGACUUCCCGCCCCGACGUCGGAGUUCCGCGCGUUCAUUGGCUAGAGGGCGCAUCACUCAGUGCCAGGUGGCGGCCUCCCCGCUUGUCCCGCCUCCCGCUCCUCCUCAUUGUCGCCGCCUCUUGCUCUGUUUUCUCCCAGCUGCCGGACCAGCGGGCCUGCCGCCUCCACCGCCCAGUCCCUGCUCAGGUGUCACUUUUGCUGGCAGGCCGAGAUUAGGGAAGGAGAGUGGGCAAGGGGUCGCGGCCAGGAGGAGAAGGGCUCUACCACGCCACCCUCCUUUGGCCUCCGAAGGGGGACCCCGCACACACACCCCCGCGCCUCUUUGGCAAGCGUGCCUUGUCGGCUGGGUUAAGCCGCAGUGCGUGUACACCGAGCGGCGGGGCGCUGUGGAACGCGGGAGCGGAUUAGCGGAGGAGGAUGCGGACCAAGCCCCAGCGACCCAGGGCAACUCGGAGUUACCUGGGGCAGCCCUGCGGGUCUGCAAGGAGAACCGAGGAGACGGGAGAAACACGGGAGAGGGUGGCCUUUUCCCUGUUCACACACACACACACGCAGCCACUGGCCGGGACAGUUGACACCCAUCUUCCUUCCCUGCUCCUUCCAGUCAUUCUACACCCGCUUGCUGCUGCCAGUGCGGGCAGGGCCUUGGAGCCCAAAGCGGAUCCCCACACUUGUCCCUACGGUCGGAAGGAAAGUAGAGGAGAGAAGGUCAGGCGCGGCAGGGCUAAGAGCGAUAGUGGCCCAAAUGUUCCUGGCCCGCCUGCUGCGCCACGGAGUCUGAAAAGCGGGUCUCCGUCUACCAGAAGGUGACCUCCGCACAGCCCCUCUCCGCGACCAACUGCAGCACCCAAGGACUGGCAACGUGGUUGGAGCUUUUGGGGGGAGUUACGAAGAAAUCUGAAUAAACUUCUCACCCUA